AUGCCAGAAGUCUCAGAGAACAGGACUGGCCUAAGAGGCCCAGGCAGGUCCCUCCGUGGUUCUUCUGAGCAUGAGGUAAGUCCUGGCCCUAUACCAAAGCGACCUGGGAUCUUGACAGCUUCAAGUUCCUCCUCCGAGAUCCGAACUAACCUUUUCUUCUUCUUCAAAUCAAUAAGAAUAGUGAAAAGCAGAGAGGAGAGGACGAAGGAGACCGCGUUCAUAUACGCCGUGAUGUCGGCAGGCCUCGUGCAUUCGGUGACGCGAUCCUGCAGCGCAGGAACCGAGUGCUCCGGCGACACCACGCUGCGGCACGGUGGCUCAGCCAGUGAGGGCUGGCACUGGGGCGGCUGCUCCGACGACAUCCACUACGGAAUGGCGUUCAGCAGAAAGUUCCUGGAUGUGCCCGUUAAGAACGCAACGGGCAAGAGCGGGAGCGGGCUGGCGGCGAUGAACCUGCACAACAGCGAGGCCGGGAGGCAGGCUGUAGCAAAGCUGAUGUCAGUGGACUGCCGUUGUCAUGGUGUUUCUGGGUCCUGUGCUGUGAAAACUUGUUGGAAAACCAUGUCAUCCUUUGAAAAGAUUGGCCGGUUUUUAAAGGAAAAGUAUGAAAACAGCAUACAAAUAUCAGACAUACUGAAAAAAAAGCUACGCAGGAAAGAGAAAAGCCAGCGAAAAAUACCAAUUGGGAAGGACGACCUGCUGUAUCUGAACAAAUCGCCCAAUUACUGUGUGGAAGACCAAAAGCUGGGGAUCCCCGGGACUCAGGGGAGGGAAUGUAACCGCACCUCGGAGGGACCGGACGGCUGCAACCUCCUGUGCUGUGGGCGCGGGUACAACACCCAUGUUGUCAGGCACGUGGAAAGGUGUGAAUGCAAGUUCGUCUGGUGCUGCUACGUGCGCUGCCGGAGGUGCGAGACCAUGACCGACGUACACACCUGCAAGUAA